AUUACGUCAUUGAAACUUCACGCUUCGAGUAACGUAACGUGGUUAGCACGGAGGACGCCGUGAGUUCUUCGCGUAGGAUUGUAAAAUUUUAUAUAAAAAAGUUAUAUUUGUUAAAGAAGUACUUGAUAUUAAAACAAAUUAAUAAUCAUGACUAUCACAACCAUUCUAAGUCGCAAUGUCACUUUGAAUCAGCUAUCGAAAAUGUGGCCGUGUAUUUACGGACAAAAUGUGCGAUUUUUUGCGUCACACUUGAAAUUCGCUGAGCACAAACCGUUGGAGAAGGUUAGGAACAUUGGUAUAUCGGCUCACAUCGACUCCGGGAAAACUACUUUGACCGAACGUAUUCUGUAUUACACCGGCAGAAUAUCCGAGAUGCAUGAGGUAAGAGGAAAAGAUAACGUAGGUGCUACUAUGGAUAGUAUGGAAUUGGAAAGGCAAAGAGGGAUCACUAUCCAGUCUGCUGCCACAUAUACAUUAUGGAAAGAUCAUAAUAUCAAUAUCAUUGAUACACCAGGACAUGUAGACUUUACAGUAGAAGUUGAAAGAGCUCUACGUGUCUUAGAUGGUGCUAUUCUUGUUCUCUGCGCCGUGGGUGGCGUCCAGUCACAGACUUUGACUGUGAAUCGGCAGAUGAAGAGAUAUGAUGUACCUUGUUUAGCAUUUAUCAAUAAGCUAGAUAGAAUGGGUGCAAAACCAUAUAGAGUAUUGCAACAAAUGAGGAGCAAAUUGCAUCAUAAUGCUGCAUUCAUACAGCUACCAAUUGGCCUGGAAAGCAAUACAAAGGGUAUAGUCGAUCUAGUUAUGCAAAAAGCAAUUUACUUUGAAGGAAAUUUUGGAGAAAUUGUUAGGGAAGAUGAAAUCCCAAAAGACAUGAAUACAGAGGUAAAUGAAAGAAGGCAAGAGUUAAUCGAGCACUUAAGUAAUGUGGAUGACACAUUUGGCGAACUAUAUUUGAAUGAUUCAAAAAUAACCGAGAAAAAUAUUAUGGAUGCUAUACGCCGGAGUUGCUUACAAAGAAAGUUUACACCUGUGCUAGUUGGUACUGCAUUAAAGAAUAAAGGCGUUCAGCCAUUAUUGGAUGCAGUGAUAAACUACUUACCAAAUCCAGGAGAAGUAAAGAAUUAUGCUCUUCAAGAAAAAUCUGACGGCGAACAUAUUAAGAUUUUAUUAGAUUCUAAUCGUGAUGAUAAGAAACCUUUCGUUGGAUUGGCAUUCAAGUUAGAAGCUGGUAGAUUUGGUCAACUAACAUAUUUCCGUUCAUAUCAAGGAAUGUUAAGAAAAUCAGACUAUGUAUAUAACACAAGAACGCGGAAAAAGGUACGAAUUCAAAGAUUAGUACGACUUCAUGCAAAUCAAAUGGAAGAUGUAACAGAAGUUUAUGCGGGAGAUAUUUUUGCUCUAUUUGGUAUCGACUGUGCGUCCGGUGAUACUUUUGUUAGAGAUCCUAAAUUGGAAUUGUCAAUGGAGUCAAUUUACGUUCCCGAUCCUGUGGUGUCUAUGUCCGUACAACCAAAGCACUCGAAAGAUCGAGAUAAUUUUGCAAAGGGUAUCGGCCGAUUUACUAAGGAAGACCCAACUUUGCGUUUUUAUUAUGAUUCAGAUAACAAGGAAAGCAUAGUUUCUGGUAUGGGUGAAUUACAUUUGGAAAUUUAUGCACAAAGAUUAGAACGCGAAUAUAAUUGUCCGAUCAUUCUCGGAAAGCCGAAAGUUUCUUUUCGCGAGACUUUAUGUCAGCCUUGCGAAUUUGAUUAUCUUCAUAAAAAGCAAUCUGGUGGUGCUGGUCAAUUUGCUCGCGUGAUUGGAAUUAUGGAGCCUCUGCCACCUCAUAAAAAUACAAAUAUCGAAUUUUCGGAUGAAACUGUAGGAACCAAUGUCCCGAAACAAUACAUUCCGGGUGUAGAGAAAGGUUUCAGAACAAUGUGUGAAAAAGGUUUGCUCAGCGGUCACAAAAUCGCUGGUGUUAAGUUUAGGUUAAUCGAUGGUAUGCAUCAUUGCGUCGAUUCUUCGGAAUUUGCUUUCUUCCAAGCCGCGCAAGGUGCUGUUAGAGACGUGUUUGAAAUGGGUAAUUGGCGAAUUUUAGAGCCGAUUAUGUUGGUUGAAGUAGUAGGUCCGCAAGAAUUUCAGGGUACGAUAUUAGGACAACUCACCAAGAGAAAAGGAAUCAUAAAUUCAACGGAAGUGAUAGAUGAUUGGUUUACAGUCGUUGCAGAAGUGCCACUUAAUGAUAUGUUUGGUUACGCUAGCGAAUUGAGGUCCAGCACACAAGGUAAAGGAGAAUUUACCAUGGAAUAUGCAAGAUACAGUCCUUGCUUACCGGAAAUACAAGAACAACUUAUUAGACAGUAUCAAGAAUCAGAAGGCAUAAUAGUCGAGAAAUCUCAGAAAUCUAAGAAUUAACUUGUACAGGAUUAUAGACGAAGAUAAAUAUUUCUUGCUUUUUAGUGAAAUUGCGUAAUAUUAUUAUUAACGCUAAAGUAUCAUAAUAAUAUACGCUUUAUUUAUACUUGACACUCUUGACGUACUUGAUAUUCCUGAUAUAAACUGAUUGAUAAUAGUAAUUAAUAUUAAUAUUAAAUUAAUGAUUGCCCAAAAUUCGUAUGUUUAACAAACAUGUACAAAUGUAUCGAACGUGUUGUAAAUAUUAGUCCUCGAAAAUAUGUGAUAUAAAAUAAACAUGUAGAAAGUCAUUUCUACUUAUAGACAUAUGGUUAAAA